UGAAAAACAAACAUGGAGGCAGAUCUGAUUGAAUGAGGACUCGACCAAGAAAAGGAAAGGGAAGUAUAAAGCUAUGUCACAACAUCAAAAGCACCUCAGCUCGUAUUUGAAAUGUAAAAGGUCAGGUUCAACUACUGCAGGCGUUUCGAAAGAAAGAAAAACCCCAGCUGGAGUCCAGCCGUCAACAAAGCAGCUUGGAAAAACCCAAGCCUCAGCUUACUCAAGACCUAAAAGUCUUGAUCUAGUUAACAGGCUUCCAAAUGAAAUUUUGUUAACAAUAUUCAAAUGCUUGGGUCCUUCUGAAUUGCUAAUAUGUGCUCAAGUGUGUCACAAAUGGUCUGCAGUUUCAAAAGAAAGCUGUCUCUGGCAACGAUUUCUUCCUAAUUUUCCAAAAGGCGUGAGAGACUCUUUGACUUUCAGUGAAACAAAGGAGGAAUGUUUUGACUGGAAACAUGAAAUGAUCAAGAGGUGUAUAGAUAGAAGAAAUGAUGAGAUUUUGACUUUGCAGUUAGUGAAGAAACUUUCACCUUACACUGGGUUAUCAACAGAAGUGCCACAUGCUCUCAGACUUGGAGACGUAAGAUGGAAACUUUGUGUCACAGAUACUUCUGGUAAGAAACACUGGUCUACUGCCGAUUGCUUCAAUGUCUUUAAAUCAUCGGUCUGUGUCCGCUGGUAUUCCUUACAGCUUCCGCCUCUCUCAAGGCUCAAGACACUUCAAGUGUUUGCCUUUGUGCCAAUCUUCUUCCACAGAAACUGGACACCACAUGAAAAUAGUGCUACCACAAGAUCACUUAUCCUUCACCAGGAUCUUCGCUCAGGAGGUGUUGUACUGUCACAAGACAAAGCUGUCAGUGCAAGUGACAUGAUCACAGCGCAUAUCUUAUGUCAGUGUAUUUUAGCAGCGUGCUGGACUGCUUCUUGGAAGGAAGGUGGUGAGCUUGCGUUUAUUACACUCUGCCUUCAUCAUCACAACUUAACAAGAAGAAUUCUCUUUGGAUCACGUGACAGAGCGUUUGUCCCACCAGCCCAUAAGCCUGUUCCAGAUGAUAUAGACCCACAGUAUGGACUUCAUGGAUAUAGAGUCAUGAUAGAAUUAAGGAAUCAUAAAGUGACUCUAUGGGAACGACAAUACAGAGAACUCUACCAACAGUAUGUGACGGGGUCUUACGUCUGUCUUGGAGAGCGUGGUCACGCUCACGGCUCGUUUGAGAAACGGCUUUCUCUUCCGUGGAAAACAGAACUCUUCAAAAACAUCUUACCAGUAAGUCCUAACGAAUCUAAUAAAUCGUGGUUUUAUUGGUCCAGACCAUAACUCACAAUUAUUCCACGAGCGCGCGUUUGAUACGAGAUGGUAGAUAGCCAACAAGGCGCGUAACACCUAGUUGG